AAAAAGGUUUGAAAGCGGAAAAAAAAAAAAGAAGAAGGGAAAGUUGUUUUUUUCUCGAAAUUGUUUGUUUCUCUUCGAUCGCGUUCUAUAAAAAACUCAAUCUCAAGACUAAUUCAUCCGAAGCAAGCUUCUUCUUCGAUCUUCGUCUGGAACCAAUGGCAACGAUUAGGAACUUGAAGAUAAAAACAUCAACUUGUAAAAGGAUUGUGAAAGAGCUUCAAUCUUAUGAGAAAGAAGUUGAGAGAGAAGCUGCUAAGACUGCUGAUAUGAAGGAAAAAGGAGCUGAUCCCUAUGACCUUAAACAGCAGGAAAAUGUAUUGGGUGAAUCAAGAAUGAUGAUUCCAGAUUGCCACAAACGUCUUGAGUCUGCUUUAGCUGAGCUCAAAUCCACUUUGGCGGAAUUGGAAGAGACAGAUGAGAAAGAAGGUCCAGAAGUUGAAGAUGCAAAGAAGACAAUCGCGGACAUGGAGAAACAGUUUCCCACAGAAGAUGCCUGAUUUAGCCAUCGAUGAAGUGUUUGGUCUGUAUUUUGAGACUAGUGAAUGCAGAUAAUCAAUUGUUAGAAUCUUCUUCUCUCAAUCGCUAUCUACCUUGUACACUGAAAUUGUUUCCAGUUUGAUCAUUUUGGUGAUUGUUCUUUCUUUCAAUAUUUUUGAAACGAGUUACAUUUCGCAUUGCUGGAACUAAUAGAUUGGAAUCAUUUGACAAA